GAUAUUCUUCAAAAUAAAAUAAAUGAAAAUUUUAAUUAUAUAAAAAAAGAUAGCAAAGAAGUUCAAAAAAAAUUUAUAGAUAAAUCUUAUGAUAAUAAAAAUAGGAAGAAAUAUAACAGUGUAAACAAAAAUAAUGGUGCUAAUGAAGACACAAGGGAAAGUGAAUAUAUAGAAAUUAUUGAAAAUAAUGAAAGUAUAGAAUGCAAAAACUAUUUAAUAGGUAAUGACUUAAAUAAUUAUAGUAAAAAUUAUUUUUCUGAUAAAUAUAAUGAAAACAGUUGUACCAUGAAUUCUGUUAGCAAUGCUAAUACUCUAGAAUAUGUUGAAAAAAUAAAAAAUACAAACAACAGUAAUAAUUUCAACACGGAGAAUUACAAAGAAAGUAAUUGUAAUAGUUAUUAUUAUAAUAUUGCUAAUAAUGAUGAUGUUAAUAAUAAUAAUAUUAAUAAUGAUAAUAGUAAUAAUAUGAAUAAUGACAACAACAAUAAUAAUAAUAAUAAUAAUAAUAAUAAUAAUAAUAAUAAUAAUAAUAAUAAUAAUAAUAAUAAUAAUAAUAAUAAUAAUAAUAAUAAUGAUAAUAGUAAUAAUAUGAAUAAUGAUAAUGAUUAUAACGAUACUAUGAAUAGCAUUAAUAGUGACAACAAUAAUAAGAAUAGUACAAAUAGUAAUAUAGACAACAAUAAAAGUAACUGUAUUAAUAACAUUAAUAUUAAUAAUAAUAGAAAUAAUACAAAAAUUAAAGAAAAAAAUGAGCAUUCUCAAAAUAGUGAAUAUAUUGAAACUUCCAAUUACAGUGAAAAUUUUGAUAGCUCUAUUAAAAAAAUAUAUAUAAAUAAUGAAUUUGAUUCAAUAUUAAAUUAUUAUAAUGAUGAUUUAACAAAUAAUGAUUUAAAAGAGAAAUUUUUGUCUCAUCAUAUUGAAGAUAAUGUUAAAAGAUCCUCUUCGAAAAAGAAUAAAUAUAAAAAUCUAGUAGUAGACUUUUGUUUUGGUUCUAUUAAUGAAAAUUUAAUAUGGAUAGAAACAUGCUUAUUUUUGCUCUUGCAAAAUGGAUUAAUUUUAAUUUAUUCUCCUAUUAUUACAAGAAAGUGUUAUAUUGGUUAUUAUUUAUUACAUGAAAUAAAUGAAAUUAAAAAAAGGAAAAAUGAAUGUUAUGAAUAUGCAGAAGAUUUUUUAGAUUAUUAUGAUUAUUUUAAAAAAUGUUCCAUUACAAAAUAUAGAAAUAAAUAUGUAUGUAUGAAUUUUGAAAAAAAAAAAGAAAAAAUUUGUUAUCUUCCUUAUGUUAUAAAUUUCCUAAAAAAUUCUUUUUAUAGCAGUAUCAAUUUAAUAUAUUAUAAUAAUUUGGUAUUAAUAUGUGUUUGUGACAAAUUUGGUUACAUUUAUUUUUUGUUAUUAAAUUAUUAUAUUACACCAUUUAUAUCAAUGAAUAGUAAAAAUAAAAAUGUCUUUUCUCUUGCUAGAAAAAAGAGACAUUUUUUUAAUAUUUUUAAUAACAAUGAAAAUAUAAUUUUAAAAAAAAUGAAUUUAAAAAAAAUAAAACAUUUAAUUAAUAAGGAAAAUUAUGAACAGUAUUACAAUAAAUUAGGAAAUAAGUACCAAAUCAAUUAUGUUUUAGAAAAAAUAGAUAAACAAAAUAUAAAAAAAUAUAUGUAUACAAGCGACAUUGACAAAAAAAUUAAUUUAAAAGAACAUUUUACAACUGAUGGUGAUGAAAUAGCGAAAGCAUUAAGUCUCACUAAUGAUAAAAAAAAAUUAUUUUUUAAAGAAAUAAGUAUACUGAAAAAAAAAAAAAAACAUUCAAGCAAUAAAAAAUAUUUAGAUGAAGUACAGAAUGGAGAUGUGUUUUUAUCAUGCUACGAAGACAUUAAUGAAUUAGUUCAGAAUGAAAUGGAUUUUGAAAUUAAUACUGAGUGUCAUUUAUUAAAUAUAUUAUGUUUUGAUUCAUAUUACACAGGAAUGAGUAAUGUACGAUCUAUUGUAUUAUGUAAUAAUAAUUUACUAUGUUUUAAUAAUAAUAAAAUUAUAAUAUUAAACUUAACUUGGCUAAAAUUUUUUCAAGUUAUAUUUUAUUUAUUGUACAUAGAAAAUUUUUUAUUAGCAAAAUUAAUAUAUGAUUUCUGUAUAAAUAAUUUAUAUAUGAAGACAUCUAUUUUUAAAUCAAAAAUAAAUUUUUAUGAUUUUGAUUAUUAUAAUUAUUUAUUAUUAGAUUAUACCAAACAAUUAUGUUAUCAUAAUUUCUCAAAAUUAUUUAAAAUGGAAGAAAAGGCUUUAAGUAAUUACAAAGAAAAAAAUUUUAACAUAUUUCAAUCAAAUUUAUUAUAUGAUGUGGAAUAUAUUUUAUAUCCAGUAAUUAUUGAAGAUAAAUAUACAAUGCUAGAUAAUAAUAUAAAUGAUGUGUAUUUUAUUUUCACUCAUUAUAUAAACUUAGACUGUCAAAGAAAAGAAAAAUUAUUCAUGAACGAGAAUAUUAAUUAUUUUACUUGUGCUAUAUAUAAGAAUUUAUUCAUAAUAUACGAUUGCUUUAAAAUAAUUUUAUCAAGUAAUACUGACAAAAUAAAAAGAAAAGAUAGUAAAACUGAAAUACACUUAAUAGAAAAAAAAAAUUAUAAGCCAUUGUGCAUUUUAUCUAAAGAAGCAAAAUUUAGAAAUUAUUUAAUUAAUAGUUUAAUUAUAAAUGAAGAAAUAAUGGAUAUUAAUUUAUUCAAAAAUAUGUUUUCAUCAUAUAUUAAAUCUUUAUAUAAUGACUAUAUUAAUGAGUUAUACAAAAAAAACACAUUAUCUUAUAAUUCUAAUUUGGAUAUAUGUAAUAUUAUAAAUUAUAAUAAAACUUCUGAAAAAAAUAAUGGUGAAACAAAUGGUAGAUACAAAAACAACAGUGAUACAAGAAUGAAUUUAAUAAUAUAUAGAAAAAAGUGUCAUAAAAAAUAUAUCAAGUAUGAAAAUAUGGAAAAUAAAAGUUACAACAUUGACAAAAACCAAGGUGAAUACAGUGAUGUUUAUAAUGAUAAAAAAGAAACAGAUACAGAAGAUAAUGGAGAUAAUAUAAACCCAUAUAAUUUGAAUCAUGGAUGUAAAGAUUUUAAAAAUAAAUUUCAAAGUGAUUAUUAUUAUUCCUCUCUGCAAUUACUGAGAAAGACAUUUAUUAUAUUAGAUGAGAGUAUUCAUAAUAAUAAAUUUGAUGAUUUAAAAAAUAAUAAACCUAAAUUAAAUGAAGAAAUCGUAUCAAAAUUAGAAGUAUCAAAUAAUAAUCAAAUAGAUUCGGAGACACUAAUAAAUGAUAUAAAGAAUAAUAUAUUAACUAGUGAUAUGGAAAAAUAUGAAAAUGUAGAAUGUAGUAACUUAAUAAAAAAACUUAUAAAAGUUAAAAAUUAUUACAUAGAUGUAAAAGACUAUUAUUUAAAAAAAAAUAAUAUAAAUAUAAAUAAUUCUAAUUCAGGGGAUCAAAUUACUUUUUUAGAAAAUAUUUUAAAAUGCUACUACUUUUUUUUAGGUUUAAAUUCAUAUUACGAGAAAAAAUUUAAGAAAAUAAAAAAAAAAAUUAUUAAAAUAAUGGCAUAUAAAGUAAUCAAGUUAAUAGAAGUUAAUUCAAAUUUUCAAAAUACAAGUAAAAGUAUAAAUGAAAAAAAUUCAUCAUUAAUUAAAAGUAUCUACAUGUGUAAUAAAAACCAAAAAUUAAUUAAAAAAAAGUUUACUUCAUUAAAAAAAAGAAUUAUUCUAUAUAAUAAUAUAAAUAAUGAAAAUAUUAGAAAAAAAUGA